UUAUAAACUCUACGCUUUCCGGAAGAUCGCUGUCAUUAUUUUGUAUCACUCGACGAUGAGGUCAGGUUGCUAUUCCUUCUCGUGAAACUAAGAGUCUAACACGAUGUAUUUUUUCCCAAAGAGCAAAUCUUUGAUAAUAGUUUCGCUGUUAAUUAUAUUAGUUGUCGAUUUAGUUUGUGGUAAAUUAAAAGAGGAGUUUAUACGUGAACAACACGAUGUUGGAAAAUUACUUACGAACUAUUUGAAAACUCCGUGGAUCAAUUUGAACAGUUCGUGGGCGGACGAAGUAAAUACCGAUUGUAAAAAUGACAUCGCAACGCUUUACGAAAGCGCUGAUGCUGGGAAAUUAUGGGCCAUUCAAAUGUUGGAUGCGAUGUCUAAAAUCCCAUCCGGUAUCCUGACCGGGAAUAUUGUGGAUCUUGGAACGUACGACGAAUGUAUCGGGGCGAAAAAUGACGACAACUCCAAUAACAUUCAGGGCAAACAUUGCAUCGUUUCUAUUGCCAUACCUCCAGAAUUUUCAAAAGAUCCCUCAGAAAUUUUUUUCUCGCAAAAAUUAUCACCCUACAAUCAAAGCCCCCACGUUGCCUACAGUUUGAGUGCAUCUUUGUGUUUGCCGUCGACUUGCAAAGUCGAUGACGUUAUCGGUCUCGUUAAUUCUUCCAUCCGGAGUACACCAGCGUUAGCAAAAAUCGAAGCCAAGACACUCUACGCCACAUGUUCGGAAGUCGAAUCCGAAGAUCCUUUAUUUUUGGGAAGAGUUUUAACCCUAUCUUUGUUCACGGUCGUACUGUCACUUUUGAUAUUCAGCACGGGUUGCGACUUGAUGUUAAGAUCUGGAUCCAUCAGACCAUUACCCGCUCUUGAAAUAUCCGCAAAAUUUUCAUUGUACACGAAUGCUAGGAAAUUAUGCAGCAUGGAAAUAGCCCCUGGGACAUUACCAGCAAUUUACGGAAUGCGCUUCAUUAGCUCAUGUCUGGUCGUUUUGGGACAUCGGAUGAUUAUUCUUCUGAUGAAACCACACGUCAAUCUAACAUAUUUGCUCACAUUGAGGCGUACACCGCUCUCUCUGAUUGUUUUGACGCUACCCUUGGCAGUGGACACCUUUUUUGUUGUAAGUGGUUUCCUCAUGGGUUACCUAUUUCUGAAAGCUUUGCGCUCUGGAAGAAAAGUUAAUAUUCUACAGCUGUACUUGCACCGUUAUUUGAGACUGACACCAUGCAUCGUUUUAUUAUUGCUAAUGAGUAUAUACAUUCUUCCCGUACUCGGUUCGGGACCAAUUUGGGGACCAUUUUUCGGGAUCAUGGGCAAAUAUUGUCAGAAAAAUUGGUGGACGAAUCUCCUCUACAUCCAAAAUCUCGUUGACCGUGAAGAAAUUUGUUUGCCGCACACUUGGUACGCGGCUGUGGACAUGCAACUUUUCUGGAUAGCACCCUUUGUUAUUCUUUUACUGCAUCACCACCCAAAAAUCGGCAUCACCUUAUGGAGUGUGAUCUCGAUUGUUGCGUUAGUUAUACCGGUCGUUGACCUUGUGAUGAACCAAUACAGCGUUUUAUGGAACAUCAACAAGGACAUAAUAACGAUUUAUCGGGACUUCUUCAAUUACUACAGUGUUACUUACAACCGAGUGUUGCCCUAUUUUAUCGGAUUAUUUUUGGGCUAUGAUUUGGUAGUUAACAAAAGAAAUCUGUCAAAGAUACAAGCUACCAUCAACUGGAUUAUAGCGAUAAUGUUUCUGAUGAUCUGUUUCUUCGGUACGUAUUUAAUCCAGCCUAAUGCAGAUACUUAUAACGAAGUAGUAGAAGCGGUUUACGUUACGGUUGCACGCUUCGGAUGGAGCACGGCUAUGGCUUGGAUCCUCUACGCGUCUACUCAGGGAUACGGGGGCCCUGUUACGAGCUUCCUAUCGUUGCCAGUGUUUGUGCCGCUGAAUCGUUUAUCCUACUCAAUAUAUUUGGUGCAUCUCCUGAUUCAAGCAACCGGUAACGCCGCGCAACGUGUGCCCGAAUACCUAUCACCCUUCGGUCUGAUACACAUAUUUUUUGGUGACUUGAUGCUUGCUAUAAUCGCGGCGUUCUGCCUUAAUUUAUGCUGCGAAACGCCGGUGAUUGUUUUAGAAAAAAUCUUGAGAGCUCAAGAAUCUCCUCCGAUCACUAAACGCCCUUCGAUAAUAAGCAAAGAAAAACCUCUGGACGUAGUCAAAGGCUAUUCAGACCUGAUCAGAAGCCGAAUUGAUCCCAAUACGGGAACGAACACGAUAACAUCUCAGUCCGAUUUCUGGGAAACGGUAUCUGACAUACUCAACGCAUUGGGGAAGAAGUCAACAAAAACCCCCGCAGAAUUAGCUAAGUCGUGGCAGGAUUGGCAAUCGGUCAAUAAGAUGAACAACGAAAGCAAUUGGGAUCAGACCAGGCAUCAAACUACGAUAAAUGUUGAAAACGGUCCUUGCCAGUUGCAAACUGAAACGAACAGACUUGAAAAUGAAUUAUUAUUAUUUUUGGUUUCCAUGACCGACGCCAUGGACGAUCCUAUAAGUGGCAAUGAUUCCGAAUCCACAUUCCCGGAACAGAAAUUCAAUGGUUUGCAAAACGGUCAUCCCGCUGGAUCUCGUUUCACACCGACAAAUAAGUGAGCAAAAAAUCAUGAAAAAUCACCAAAAUUUCGUGUUGACAAAUUUCAGAUUUUCAUCAAAAUGAUUCGAUGUCACUUUUGACUCCGUAUCUUCAUCACGCUAUAUGCUAAUUUGAAUAAGAUUCUAUCAUUCGUAAAAGAUAGGUCUUGGCGUGUGAUAUAAGAAGAUAUGUAAAUUACAUCUGUAAAAAUUUUUUAAUAGAUAUCCUGUUCACUUAAAUAAGACUUUCUGAGGAGUGACAACUCAUGUAAAUGUUUUUACCAUCGCACAUAAUUGCGUAAUUUGCAACACGAGAUGUAUGCGAUAAUACCAUGAUACGCGAUCUCAUUUUUUCGAACUCGACGUCUCCGAGCAUUGAAUAUCCGGAAAGUGAAUCCGAAAGUGUAUCUCGAAUAUUUAUACGCGACUGAAGAUUAUCUAAUAUUAAAAAAUUGUACAACAAACAAUUUGCUGGAACCAGUAAUGCAAUGGAUGGACUAGUCAAAUUGUGCAGAACUGGGUAACCGUGCCCUCUAAAUUUUUGAGACUAAAAUUUCUCUUCUUGUUCUCCAGAAGGGGCGUAAUAUUCAAAGAAAAAAAGGAGUGUGUCACAAUCUUUUUGAUCGAACAGUGUACCUAUCUAACGUAAAAUAGUGAAAUUAAUAAUCCAAAAAAUUAAAAGAGCACGCGAAUCAAUCGAUCAUAUUUUAUUCGACGUACAUUUCACAUUGGAGAGAAAAAUUAAAUGUAAGUUGUAAAUAAGUUGAAUUCUUUAUGCCUGUUUUUCGUUAUUCGUAGCAAAUGGAAACAUCGAAGUAUAAUGAAAGCGGCUGAUAAAAUUAUACAUAUACAAUAGUGUUCAUAUUUGACUGUCAAGAUGCUGCCAGCCUAUCGUAUCAUAAGUUUUGCGAAUCCAUCUCGUUCCCCCCCCCCCCAAAUUAUCUGACGUCAGACCAGAUUCUGAAUAUCAGAUAUUCAUCUCGCAUCAAAUUUCAAUAUUUCAAAUAAGUACUAAUAGUAUAAUUGACAUUUAUAAACCGCCUGGGAAAUAUUUUAUUUGUUUAUUAUUUUUAUUUUUUUAUUCACGUGCGGAAACGUGUAGCAUUUUAUCUUUGAGAUUCAUCACAUCCAUCUAAAUUGUUUAUACUUCCAGUGGUCAUUGAAAAAUAAAUUCGUAUAUCUUUCAUGCAAAAUUGCGAGAUAAUGCAUCAUGGCGCGAUUUAGGAACCACCAAAAACCCCAAUCCAACCGUUUAGUAUGCAUAUAUAACUGUGUAAUUUUACUACCUGAUCGUUCAUUUUCGUCGUUUUCGCGUCACGACUAUCAGUUGAUUUUUAUUGUUUUUUUCUUUUUAUUCUUGCUGAGACGGACAGUUUGAAAUUGUGAAUCAUUUUAUUUAUGUAAUCAUGUGGGAUUUCCAUCCGAAAUUCUCAUGUACACACAUAUAUCUAUAUCAUCAGCAAACACAGCGAUUUAGAAGCUAACAUAAGUUCAGAAGUUUGAACUAAGCAGAAAGUUCCGCUGUACUAUCAUAAUAUUUCAUGAGAAGCCAUUAACGUUUCGGAAAUUAAAGGCGAAUAAUACUGAUAUAGCUUCCUAGAUCCUGAAGAUUUGACUCAUAAAUAAGGCACAUCGGAUGUUGAUUCAAAUUUUUAUGGAUAAAUCAUUGUCGCAGUUAGGGCAUAGCACCGCAUAUUCAAAAUAUUAAGGAAUAUUGGUUGAGUAAAGUUUAACGGGAAUAAUUUUAUUGUACUUGAUAAAAAAUAUCCGCUUGACGUUCGACAUCACAGAUUAUUGAAUAUAAAUGAAUCAUGAAGCCAUACAUUGACCGAUCAUAACUGCUUCCCUAAAGUCCUUUCAUUAUCAUAUGGAUAUGAAAAACGAAUUGUUAAUCAUCAUAAUCAAAUAUGAAUUGGUCUACGGAUACUAGAAUAUGAUUUCAUAAAUUAUCUCAUCUAUUCAACAAUUUUUUCGUCGGUACAAUAGCAUUCUAAUUCAGUAAUCAUAUUCAACGACGACUUGGCGAACAUGGCAAAAAAAAAUUUUUUUACGGUAUCUAGAUCUAUAAUUGAUUAACGAUAAAUUAUAUUAGAGAUACAGCGCGUUUUCCGCUUUUUACGUACGGAAAAGUAUGGACAUUAGCGUGACGUACGAUGUAUACACAAUGAUCACAGAUUUGGUGAAUGAUUCCUUUUAUUUUCAAAAUAUAUGAUUGAUUGUAUUUAUUAUCAAAUAUUGUAUCGUUUAAUUUUAAUCGACUCCUUAUACCGCAGAGUUCGAUAAAACAUUAAUAUUAUGCGUAGUGGUCAUACAAGUUUUUGAACAGCUCGUGGUCGAUGAUGCAACAAUUUUGAUUUCAAAAGCAGCAUCAUGUUGUCAUUGAAAAUUUCCGCCUAUUACCAAAACUUAUGGUACGAUGUCUCUGCGGUUCAAUGAAUCUUGGUAACACUGUGUAUUAUGAAUAUUUUUAUUGUGAGAAUAUUUGUCUGUAGGUAUAGAAAACUGAAUUCGCACACAUACUUCAGUUUUAAAAUAUCACGUGCAUUAAAUAUGUAUUUACUGUUAGGAUAUCAUUAUCACUGUACAUUAAGCGUGCGAACCUAAUUUUGUAAAAUAAAGCAUGCAAUGUGUAUCAUUUGCGGUUUAACAAUAAGUAAUGGUCUCCAAUGUAUUUCAUUAACGUAUAAAUACUCAAUUUUGUAAAAA